GGAGGAAGGAAAGCGGCUCGCGCGAAAAUCUAGAUCUCAUCGAUCGAGGAAAAAAGAGGGGCGUCCGUUGGAACAACCGCAAUGCCUAUGCCGAGGUACAAGAGAACAGAUUUCGAGGAUGAGGAGACGAGCAGCGCGAGCAGCAUGCCCGUGGACGCCACCGGCAGCUCCACGGUGCUCACCGACAUCAAGCCCGGCCCCGGGGGCGGCGGCGGCGGCAGUUCGGCCACGGCCGCCAUGCUCAACCCGCUCGGCGUGCGAUACUCGGUGUCCGGCGGACACCGGCGCACAUUCUGGCAGCGGGCGUCGCCCCUGGAGCGCUUCCUGCUGGCGCUCGUCGGACUGCUCACCUUCGUGGUGCUCGUCCUGUCCAUCGUGAUCAGCGUCAACACGGGACGCGUACGAGAGAGGAUCAUCGAGCGAGUCGUCGAGCCCUCGCAACCAAAAUACUGCGUGACGCCGGCGUGUGUGACGGUGGCCAGCUCUAUCCUGAACGCCAUGGACCCGGAGAUGGACCCGUGCGAGGACUUCUACCAGUACUCGUGCGGUGGCUGGAUCAAGGCGAACCCGCUGCCCGACGGGAAGUCCAUCUGGGGAACAUUCGGAAAGCUCUGGCAGGAGAACCAGCUCGUCAUGAAGAACGUGCUAGAGGACGAGAAAACGGAGCUGAAGAGCGAAGCCGAGAAGAAAGCCCGCAUCUACUACUACUCAUGCCUCGACAAGAACGACACCGUUGAAAGCCUCGGUUCUAAGCCAAUCGUCAACCUCCUGGACAUCGUGGGCGGCUGGAACGUGACGGGCAACUACUCGUUGGACUCGUGGCAGCUGCAGCCGGCUCUGCAGAUCAUCCACAACGUGUACUCGCGCUCGGGCCUCUUCUCGUGGGCCGUGGGCGAGGACGACCGAAACUCGUCCAGGCACGUCAUCCAGGUCGACCAGGGGGGUCUCAUACUGCCCUCCAGGGACUACUACCUCAACAAGUCCAAAGACGACAAGGUUCUGAAUGCCUACCUCACGUACAUGACAUCUGUGGGCGUCCUGCUCGGGGGGAAAGAACCCGACGUGAAGGCACAAAUGCAGGAUAUCAUCGACUUCGAAAAGCGAUUGGCUAACAUAACAGUUCCAGCCGAGGAGCGUCGCGACGAUGAGCGCCUCUAUCACAAGAUGACGGUGGCCGACCUGCAGGCGCGGGCUCUACUCAACUGGACAGAGUACUUCAGCACCGCUUUCUCACAGAUCAACCGCACCAUACCACCUACGCAGGACGUGGUGGUCUAUGCGCCGGAAUACUUGGGAAACAUGACUCAGCUCGUCCAGGAGUACAUGAACACCACAAAGGGCAAAAUCACGCUGUGCAACUACCUGGGUUGGAGCCUGGUGCACUCGAUGGUGUCGUACCUAUCCGAGCCCUUCCGCGAGGCGUCCAAGGUCCUGCGGAAAGCUUUGAUGGGCUCGGACGGAUCGGACACCACGUGGCGCUACUGCGUCACCGACACCAACAACGUCAUCGGCUUCGCCCUGGGCGCCAUGUUUGUCAGGGAAGUGUUCGACGGCGACAGCAAACCCCUCAAUAUGCCAGGUAGCCGAGAUUCCGCUGGUGCAGUGGAUGACUCUUGUUCCCGGAACAAAUUGGUUAAUUCUACAAAGUUCCAGGCUCAGAACAUGAUCAAAGAGGUAAAGGAUGCAUUCAAGAACAACCUACCCAUGCUUAAAUGGAUGGACAAAGAGACCAGAGAGCUUGCUAAAGAGAAGGCGGACGCCAUCACUGAUAUGAUUGGUUUUCCCGAUUUCAUCACCGAUCCGAAAAAGCUGGACGAAAAAUACAAAGGCCUGGAAUUUGUAGAGAACGAAUACUUUGAAAACAACAUCCGGGUGAGCCAGUUUCUGCUCAAGAAGAACAUGCAGCGACUGUACCGGCCUAGCAACAAGACCGAAUGGGAGAUGACGCCUACCAUCGUGAACGCUUACUACACGCCGACCAAGAACCAAAUCGUUUUUCCGGCUGGCAUCCUGCAGGCACCGUUCUACGAUCCUAACUAUCCAAAAUCUCUCAACUUCGGCGCCAUGGGAGUGGUCAUGGGACACGAGCUCACCCACGCCUUCGAUGACCAAGGACGAGAAUACGACAAGUCUGGCAACCUUAACCAGUGGUGGAAGAACUCGACCAUUCAGAGCUUCCAGGCGAGGGCUCAGUGCUUUAUCGAUCAGUAUUCAAACUACACUGCCAACAACGAAAACCUCAACGGAAAGCAAACACUGGGCGAAAACAUCGCAGACAACGGAGGCCUCAAAGCGGCUUUCCACGCGUUCGAAGAAUGGCUGGACCGGCACCCCGACGAGCCUCCUCUGCCGGGCGUGAACCUGACGCACAAGCAGCUGUUCUACGUGGGAUUCGCCCAAGUCUGGUGCUCCACCGAAACGCCGGAGGCCAUCCACUUGCAGAUCCUCAGUGACCCCCACUCGCCGGCGAGGUUCAGGGUCACGGGGCCGGUGUCCAACUCCGAAGAGUUCUCCAGGGAGUUCAAGUGCAGGAAGAACAGCGCCAUGAACACACGCAAAAAGUGCGAAGUAUGGUGAUGGAACAGGCAGCAACAUGACUUACUGAAAGCUAAGGAGUCUACCGCACCGACGCAAGCACUCUUUCAAGGUCAGCAUUUCUUCGUCUCGACCUCUACGCAGAGUGACAUCGGGACCCAUCCGAGCUUCGUUCUUACAUACAAACGUAUAUGUUCUAUG